AUGGCUACAACACCAACGCGGUUCGAUGAUCUCCCUCUCGAAAUCGCUUUCGAGAUUCUGAGUCGGCUGCCUGUGAAAACUUUAUUGCAAUUCAGAUGCGUUUCCAAAUGCUAUAACUCCAUCAUCACCAGCCCCGAUUUCAUUACCAAACACUUCAAACACAACCUAGAAGUCAAAUCAUUAUUAUCGGACGACAACAACAAUAAUCAUCUACUAUGUAAGCCACCCCCAGAUCCCAGGGACCAAGAUUUUGUGCGUACAGUCUUUUGCAAUAUCAGCAGCGACCACACAUUGACUGAGGUUUACAGGUUGACAAUCCCAGUUUUUAAGCCCACCAUUGUUGGCAUCAGCAAAGGCUUAUUCUGCCUCGCUUUUCAGAAACCUAUUAUGCCAUCAUAUUAUUCUAAUAAUGAAGCAAUUGAUGGUAGUACAGUUUCCCGCGUAUUUCUGUGGAACCCAAACAUUAGAAAGCUUAAGAUACUUCCAUCAACUGAUGAAAGUUUUGAGGUUUACGGUUGUGGAUUUGGGUAUCAUCAUAUUCAAAACAAUGACUUCGACUUCAAGGUUUUGAAAUAUGGGGUUUUUUUUUUUGAAAGCCAGGUUUACUUCCAGGUUUACACGUUGAGUACCGAUUCGUGGAAACAGUUUGAGUCAUUUAAUGGGUCUAGAGGACCUGUUACUUGCAUUGAAAAAUCACCUUGUUUGUUUUUUAAUGGAGCUUUGCAUUUUAUAGCAUAUUCUCGACGCCACAAAUUCAUUUUGUCCUUUGAUCUCCAUGAGGAGAAAUUCAGGGAGGUAAUGUUGCCACAGAAUUACUCAAAUGGAUUGUGUUUUAAGUUUGAACAACUUGCAGUAUUGGAGGGAUCGCUGGCUUUGAUUGCUUUCCACAGUCCUCAACAGAAGUGCCACAUAUGGGUGAUGAGGGUUUAUGGUGACGUUGACUCUUGGACUCCAAACAUUGUAGAGUUGGAAGAAGUUGAAAACUUCUUCGGCUGCACGGGCCGUGGUGAACUUAUGGUUAAGAAAUCCUCUUCUCCUCAUAAACUCAUUUUAUUUGACCCUAAGAGUCUAGAUGAGAAAAAUAUUGGAAUCGGAGAUCUUACACCAGAGACUUACACAGCUAAUCUCAUGGAGAGCUUAGUUUUACUCAACGAGCCAAAGCUUUAUUGA